CGCGUUUUACCGCUGGCCGAUGGGACUCCAAAGAGUCCCUCCUUUAACAUGGCUGAAAGCCGCAAAGGUCACGGGUCACACACGACCUUAGCAUUUCUGCUCCCUCGCCAUCCAAGCCGUACUCCGCGUUGGCCCUGCGGUCCAGGAGGACGAGCCACCCGAUCGAAACGGGCCCAUUUCGAGUGUCUGUCGCCCACCCGGGAGGAGGGCCACGGUCGCCGGUCCUGCUGCUGGAGGAGGAGGAGAAGGAGAAGGGGGAGGAGGAGGAGGAGGGCGGUGGGAGGAGGCUGGCGGGCCAACCAGCUCUCGCUUCUUCUUCUUCGCAGCGGCAGCAAGCAGGAAGGAUGGAGGCAGAGGAAAAAGGCCGUUUCUAAGCCGUCCGCUCACAAGCUCGCCGCCGGUCCGGGAAAGGAAGCGAAUGGGAAGCAUCCGGGCCGCCCGUUUGCUGCAGCCUUGAAUCCGUCCGGGAAUCCUCAUGGAGCAGGACGUGGAGAGCCCGGCCCUCGGCAAAAGCUCCGAGGUCCACAAGGCUGGCGGCAAGGAUCCGCCCAAAGAGCCGCCGGCGGCGGCGGAGCGCGGCCGCAAGGUCCAGCGCUACGUGCAGAAAGACGGCAAGUGCAACGUCCGCCACGGCAACGUGCGGGAGACCUACCGCUACCUGACGGACAUCUUCACCACCCUGGUGGACCUCAAGUGGCACUUCAACAUCUUCAUCUUCGUGCUGGUCUACACGGUGACGUGGCUCUUCUUCGGCUUCAUGUGGUGGCUCAUCGCGUACCUGCGCGGCGACCUGGACCACCUCGCCGACAACCUCUGGACUCCCUGCGUCAACAAUCUCAACGGCUUCGUGUCGGCCUUCCUGUUCUCCAUCGAGACGGAAACCACCAUCGGCUACGGCUACCGGGUCAUUACGGACAAGUGCCCCGAGGGGAUCCUCCUGCUCCUGAUUCAGUCGGUGCUGGGCUCCAUCGUCAACGCCUUCAUGGUGGGCUGCAUGUUCGUCAAGAUCUCGCAACCCAAGAAGCGCGCCGAGACGCUGGUGUUUUCCACCAACGCCGUCGUCUCCAUGAGAGACGGCCGCCUGUGCCUGAUGUUCCGGGUGGGCGACCUGCGCAACUCGCACAUCGUGGAGGCCUCCAUCCGGGCCAAGCUGAUCAAGUCCAAGCAGACCAAGGAGGGCGAGUUCAUCGCCCUCAACCAGACGGACAUCAACGUGGGCUACAACACGGGCGACGACCGGCUCUUCCUCGUCUCGCCGCUCAUCAUCUGCCACGAGAUCAACCGGAACAGUCCCUUUUGGGAGAUCUCCCCGGACCACCUGGCCAAGGAGGAGCUGGAGAUUGUUGUCAUUUUGGAGGGCAUGGUCGAGGCCACGGGCAUGACGUGCCAGGCGCGCAGCUCGUACGUGAGCAGCGAGAUCAAGUGGGGCUACCGCUUCACGCCCGUGCUCACGCUGGAGGACGGCUUCUACGAGGUGGACUACAACAGCUUCCACGACAUCUACGAGACCAACACGCCCGCCUGCAGCGCCCGGCAGCUGGCCGACAUGAGCGGCCGCGCCCGCCUGCCUCUCACCUGGUCCAUGGGCAGCAAGCUGAGCCAGCAGGGCCUGGCCCCCGAGGCCCAGCGCCGAGACUCGCGGACCGAGCGCAACGGAGACGUCGCCAACGCCGAGAGCGAGUCCAAAGUGUAGCUCUCCUGCUCCUGGUUCCUGUUCCUGUUCCGCACGGACACCGCACACGCGCGCUUUGGCCGGCAGUGAGAGAAAAAAAAAAAACCCGAGACGGUGUGUCGCGGUCUCACCCACCGCCAGAUCCUUCUUUAUUUUUUCUAUUCCAAUCUUCCCAUAGGGACGUUUUCAUAUCAAGUAUUUUUGUACAUAAUCGGACAUGUUUCGGACUCCUCCUGGUUUCUCGGGUUUGCCGUGUGAAUAUUCGACGCUAACGCGCUGGUUUAGCUUAGCCCUGUACAUAAUCAAUGCCUUACUUCGGCCUUGUCUGACGCCAGCAAACUUCUGUCUCCGAGCAUUCAAAAACGGUGUGUUUGCGCCGUUCAAAAAAAAAAAAUUGAUCAUAAAACAACGGUCGCCAUUUUGACACGCGCCAUAAAACAACGGUCGCCAUUUUGACGCGCCUGAACGAUUUGCUCCCGGAAUCGAUGUUUCCGUUUCAGUGGCACGUGUUGCCGGAAACAAACGUGACGUUUGCAAGGCUUUCACUGUCCACCCACCAUCCAGCUUUUAUCUUUUUGAUUUUCCUUCCAGAAAUGUACACGAAUGCAGCUGCACAAUCGAAGGAGGUCCAAAGACAUCAUUUCACGUUUUCAAAAAUGUCAAUCUCUCUCUCUCUCUCUCUUACAAAAUGAAAAAUACAGAAACAUUAAAAAUAGAGAUGUACUUUUUAAUGAAUUUUUAAAAAGCGGCUACCCCGGCACUUUUUACUUGUCAACUGCGCCCUUUUGUCCACGUCGUUCGCACGCUGCGUCCUCCGAAGGUCGCAGUUUCGGACGGAUGACGUCACUUCUGGCACAGCUCGACCGCGUGUGGAACACUUCGCUCGGUCCUUCCACGUCUCCUCGUACAAGUUCCGCGGCUGAAAACGCUGCGGACGUGACGUCACGCGGUCGAGGAAAAAGAACGCAGGCUUCGGAGGACGCAGCCUGUGAAUUUGGACACAAAGCCUCUCUGGCCCCGUCGAAAGCUGCUUUGUGGUUCCGCGGCCUCGCACGCGACACUUCCUGCGGAAAGCCAUGACUUUCAACUGCCCUUUAAAAGUACAAACCACGACGCUUUUUCACUUCUUUUGCACAUCGGAGUAAGAGAGACAAUCACUGUUGCAGUAAAAGCCCCGAAGCCUGAAACCACUCACACACUCAAGUCACACGUCACCUAACAGAAUAAAAACAACUAUAAUAAAUAAACUGUUAAUUGCA